GGGUGUACAUAUAUAUAUACAGCAACCCGAGGCACCUCUACCCUCACUGUGAAGACGUCACCGUCUUACAGACAGUAAGUCACAACCACGGGACUGAAAAUCAGACAGCCAAGCUACACAUCGUACCCCCUUCCAUCUCUCUAGCAACAUGAAAGCUUUGUCGCUGAUGGUGGUGGUGGUGGUGGUGGCCCUGGCCGCCCUGAUGGGGUCAGCCCGAGCUAUGCCUGACCCCUACGCCCUGGCUGACCCUGACCCCGCGGCUGACUCACAUGGGAGUCACGAACAUGGUGGUGGUUUUGGGCAUGGUGGUGGUUUUGGGCAUGGUGGAGGUUUUGGCCAUGGUGGAGGUUUUGGCCAUGGUGGAGGUUUUGGCCAAGGUGGUUUUGGCCAUGGUGGAGGUUUUGGCCAUGGUGGUUUUGGCCAAGGUCAUGGUCAUGGUCACCACCAUGAUUAAUGUUGGACUGUUCUUGAAUCGACACCUCAUCCUUUCCCAAAUAAAUAUCCUUAAAAGAAAAUGAAUACCCAGCAGUACCCAAUCAAUAAUUAUUGUAUAUCAUAAAAUUCAGCAAAUGUAGAGCACAUUUUUUAAAAUGUUACAAAAAAGCGACAGAAUUUGUUUCACUGUGCUCUGAAGACAAUGUGACUAAAGAAGACUAGGAACCAUUCCCACAGCUCUUCGCCAGCCUCCAGCAACGCCAGCCUACAGCAUCGCCAGCCUAUAACAAUGCCAGCAACCUUUAGCAACGCCAGGUUUCAGCAGUGCCAGCUUUCAGCAGUGCCAGUCUUCAGCAUCUCCGUCCUAAAAUACUCUCAACCUGCAGCUUGUCUUUCCUCGUGUUUCAUCCUCCUCCAGGAAUCAAAGACUCAAGAGGCAAGUCUAACCUCCAAGAACUAAGGACUGGUGAGGCACUUCAACCCUAUAACGAAGGGCUCAUAUGAGGCUUCCAGCACAGAGACAAUGUACAAAUAAUGCUGUAUAAACCACGUUAUUGCCCAAAGAAAUACACAAGAUUUGUAGUCGAAA